UUGUCUGGCAGGGCUUGGCUGUGCCCUCCUGGGCUGCAGGGUUGUGAGUGCCGCGGGUUUCCUUUUCCCGAGCCCCACACAAGGCAGGACUCGGGGCCUGGUGGCCUGAAACGGGAGGUGAAAAUGUAGCUUUCUAGUAAUGGCAACCUACACUUGUAUCACUUGCCGUGUGGCUUUCAAGGAUGGUGACAUUCAGCGUGCCCAUUACAAAACUGACUGGCACAGGUACAACCUGAAGCGUAAAGUUGCUGACAUGCCUCCUGUCACUGCUGAGAAUUUCCAAGAGAGAGUCCUAGCGCAGAGAGCAGUUGCAGAGGAGCAAAACAAAAUCACUGCCACUUACUGCACAGUUUGCAGCAAGAGAUUCUCCACCUUCAAUGCCUAUGAGAAUCACUUGAAGUCCAAGAAGCACCUGGAGUUGGAGAAGAAAGCUGUUCAAGCUGUUAGCAAGAAGGUAAAAAUACUAAAUGAGAAGAACCUGGAAAAGGGGCUGGCCCCAGAGAGUGUGAACAAAGAUGAAAUGAAUACGGCUAUUCAGCAAGCCAUCAGAGCUCAGCCAUCUUCCUCUCCAAAGAAAACACAUUUAUUUCCUAGUAAUGCAAGUAGCUCUCCAGUGUCUAAGGAAAGUGCCAGCUUAUCACAGAGCAGAGAGCGACCAGAAAUACCUCCUCGACUGCAGUGGUUUGAACAGCAAGCAAAGAAGCUGGCCAAGCAACAAGCAGAGGAGGAAGAGGAUAAUGAAGAAGACUGGGAAGAUAUGGAUUCUCAUGAAGACUUCGGCUCUGAAGAAGAGAUGGAAAGUGUGGGAGAAGAAGAGGAGGAACAGGCAGAAGCUGAAAGCACACCUGCUGUCGGGGCUAUACCAGUCACAGACUGCUUGUUCUGUCCCCAUCAUUCAAGAUCUCUCACAAAAAAUGUGGCCCAUAUGACAAAAAUUCACAGCUUCUUUAUUCCAGACAUAGAAUAUCUCGUGGACCUCAGAGGACUAAUCAAGUACCUGGGAGAGAAAGUUGGUGUUGGGAAAAUCUGCAUCUGGUGCAAUGAAAAAGGGAAAUCCUUCUACUCUACAGAAGCAGUACAGGCUCACAUGAAUGAUAAAAGCCACUGCAAACUGUUCACAGAUGGAGAUGCUGCCCUGGAAUUUGCAGACUUCUAUGAUUUUAGGAGCACUUACCCUGAUCACGAGAACGGGGAAGAUGUGGAGGUGCCUGGAAAGCGCCCAGCAGAGAGAGAGUUGGAUUAUGAUGAUGACACCAUGGAGCUGAUCCUUCCUUCAGGUGCAAGAGUGGGUCAUCGUUCUUUGAUGAGAUACUACAAGCAACGGUUUGGUCUGUCAAGAGCGGUGGCUGUUGCGAAAAACAAGAAGGCAGUGGGUCGGGUGCUGCAGCAGUACAGAGCUCUGGGCUGGACGGGCCAGGCAGGGGCCUCCUCCGCUCAGCUGCGUGAUAUGCAGUACCUGCAGAGAAUGAAGGCAAAGUGGAUGCUCAAGACAGGAAUGAGUAACAAUGCUACAAAGCAGAUGCAUUUCCGGAUGCAAGUCAGAUUCUGAAUUCCCAAAAGAGCUGCAUGGAACUGGUUAUGGGAAGGGGGAUUUAAUGGUCUCUGGGUUGUGGAUUCUGUUAUUAAAAUGGACCUGGUACCUGUCCAAUGCUGAUGUGUGUGCUGGUGUGCUUUCCUGUCUGAGAAGAAGAGAAGGGAACUUGUCUAUUGCAGUGAAAUGAGGGUUGGCCUAACUUAAAAAUAAAAUAUCUUCUGUGGAA